UUCGCCCCCACGUGUCCAGCUUUGGUGUAUAUAAAGUGCCGUUUGGAAAGACCGAAGCCAUCAUUUGUUGUUGAAAAAAGCCGAUCUAUUCAGACAGAAUGAAAGCUUGCGCCGUUCUAGCCCUGGCCGUUGUGUGCACCUUGCUUCUGGUGGACAUCACCCAAGCGUUCCACGACGACGGGAAGAAAUCGGAUCAGCACAUCGACGAGCUGCAGGAGAUGCUCCAGCACAGUAUGCUACCCGAGAUGCAGGAUUUCCCACGGUUCCGCCGCUGGGCUGAAGAGGGUUCGGACCAACAGACUGGACAGCAGGGUGGUCAACAGGGCGGUGGCGGUGGUGGACGAGGUGGUCGCGGACAGAAAGGCCGAGGUGGAUCCGGAGGACGUGGACCGCCAGGACAGCAGAACGAGGGACAGUAGAUUGCAGAUGAUUGAGAAGUUGUAGAAUGAGUGUUUGUGCAACAGUUUUCACAGUAGGAUAGUUCAGCACCAUUGAGUUUGGAUGUCUUAUUUUGAAUUAGAGCUGAAAUAAACUCAUCACAUACAGCAUAUCAA